AGGCAUCUGGCUACGGAGUGUGGAGGAACCGCACAGAACCACGCUGCAGUACUGUCUCCGUUCUGAAAGACAAUGGCUAUGUCCACCUACAGAGAGCACGAUAUGGUCCAGUGCCCGUAUGACCCAGAUCACAAGGUGAAACGGACCCGUAUAGACAUCCACAUUUCGAAGUGCAGAAGACAAAUCGGCCGCCCCUUUCUUAGGCCUUGUUUGUUUAACCCUGAACACCUCGCGCCCUCGAAGCUGAGCGAGUUCUGCAGGCACCUGGAGACCUGCCCUGACAAGUCAUCCAGCUUGUGGGUACCGAAGACUCAGGAGGACCUGGAGAGCCAUUAUGUGGUUCCUGUCGCCGGUGCAUCAAGGCCGGUAUUUUCUGAGCCAGAAGAAAUGUGGGAAGUAGGGCCCACUGCACCAUCCGAACGACGGGAGCCACCUGUGCCCCCAGUCUUCCGACAAGUGCAUGGGUUGACUUCUGCAGAGCGACGUGUUUAUUACCGCUCGCUUUUUGAAAAUCAAGUGGAUUACGCGCCUCCAAGGCAGCCAAAGGACAAGGCCAGCAGUAUGUGCUUCAACCAGUCCUCCCAUGCUGUCCAUGCCAAGGACGACGCCAGAAAGCACCGAGGUGCCGAGGCUGCCUCUCCAAGGACCGUCCUCGACGAUGUCAACUGGCCCAGCUGUUCCCAGGCCUCUCAGGAUCACACCGGCGACACUCCAAGCCACAAAUCUUGGGCCCAGGUGGUUGCCCCUGCCACGGAUAGACAACCCCGUAGCAUCCAGGCCAAUGAGCCCUGUAGCAGCAAGCCCAUCCAGGCCCGUGAUGCCCAGCCGAAACAGCCCCGUGGUGGCCAGGCCAGACAGCCCGGAGGCACCCAGGCCAGACAGCGCGGCGGUACUCAAGCCAGCAAGGCCCGCGGCACCCAGGUCAGGCAGCCCGGCGGCGCCCACGUUAGACAGUACCGUGGUGCCCAGGCCAGGCCGCUCUGCGGUACCCAGGCCAGGCCGCACCGCGGUACCCAGGACAGCCCACUCUGUAGCACCCAAACCAACCAGCCCGGCAGCACCCAGGCCAGACAGACCCACGGUCGCGCCGAGGCCGACCAUCCGCGGGUUGUCCAUACUGCACAAAAUGCGACUCCCGCACGGACGUGGGCCGACCUGUUCCGCUAUACAACGCCUGCAUCAGGGAGAAUGGAUGUGGAUGAACUUGCGGAAAGUCUGAAGGGGCUUGGAAGUGCUGGACCAAAUGAACAGUGA